AUGGACAAACAGAAACAGCUGCCAUUUUAUCUUCACACAGGUCAAUUUUUUAGCUCUCCUCCUGGUAGUUCCGUCAUUGGAGUCAUUGGAGAAGGGGUCGUUCUGCCUUGCCACGUGGUAGCAGAUAACGUUCCUGAGAUAUUCUCUGUCCAGUGGAUAUUUCACGAGCAGUCUCAAGAAAUAACUGUGAGCAGAUAUGAUGGAAAAAGUAAAAAGGAGAAACAGGAUGAGAGAUAUCAAGGCAGAACAGAAUUCUUCCACAGUGAAUUUAGAGCUGGCAACAUGUCUCUGCACUUGAAGAACGUCAGGAGCUCUGACAAAGGAUCAUACACUUGUGUGGUCUCUUUCAGUGACACACACCGUGAUAUGUUGAUUGAACUGCAAGUGGCAGCGACAGGUGGUGUGCCUUCCAUUUUUCUGAGGAGUCAUGAGAAGCAGGGCAUUGACCUCACCUGCCAUGCAUCCGGAUGGUUUCCCAAACCUGAGGUGAUUUGGCUGGAUGGCCAAGGACGGGUCCGGAAGGAACCAUCGACCACAAAGAUGACAAUGAUGCCUACAGGCCUAUACCGUGUUGUAACUUCCAUGAACCUAGAACCGAGCUCUGACAUGGAAGUCUCCUGCAGGAUAGUCAACAAUCUGCUAAAUACAACGAGCGAGUCUCGAGUCCUCAUCACAGAUAUUUUCUUUCCCCACAUUUCAAAAUGGCUGAUUACCUUCCUGGUAAUUUUAUGUCUUAGCAUGGUCCUAAUUUCCACUGUAUCUUUUAAGCUGAGAAGUAAUCACAAGAAAACAACUAGCGCAGUAAAAGCGAAGAUGGAAAUAGAAGAAGAAAAAAAACAACUCGAGUCAACGUUAGAAGAAGAAAAAAACAAACAUCGAGCAGCAAAGUCGGAACUCAAGAAACGUUUUGUUCGACUGAGAACAGAGCUGGAUUUCUGGGAAUCCCGGAGCUAUGCAGUUCCCAUUACUGUGAAAUCUGACUGCCGAGUCCUGGAGCUCCAUCUGCCAGGGGUUCCAGGUGUGGAGAGCAACACGUCUGAACCUGCUGGCACGAACACUCCCUGCACAGUCCCUGUCCUGGUGGGGAAGGAAGGGUUUGCAGCUGGGAAACACUACUGGGAGGUGGAGGUGGGCCAGGAGCAGGACUGGGUGCUGGGGGUGGUGAGGGAGAAAGGGAGACAGGAAGGGAUGCGUCCCGGGGAGGACUACUGGGCUCUGCACAGGUCCCAGGGACAGAUUUUCUGUAGCACCGGAGACCACAAGAUUGAGAAGCAGCAGAUGAGUUAUUCAGUGAUUGGUGUGCUUCUGGACUUGGACAGAGAGCGAGUGAAAUUUUAUGAAGCAGAGCAGAUACGCAUCAUAGUGAGAAUGCCUCUAAGGCUUGGAACGGAACCUGCAGAAAAGUUUUACCCAUUUCUAUCCAAAACGGAAGGGACAGGCACACCUCGUAUCCACCCGGUCUCAAUCCCAGUCCCUUUGGAGACACUGUAAAGGGAAACUUUGAAUCAAAUGGGUUGUAGAAUCAAAGUUCUUUGCCAAGAGGUCACGGUGAGAGGAGGAGAGUCUAGAAUGGCUUAGGACGUCAGCAAUUAUAAAAUAAAGGCAGUAGGACUGGGUAUCAAAGCAGGAAAACCUGAAAAAAAGGGGAGAAGUAAUGAACGAACAUUACAGUGUCUCAAAAUAGAAAAAAAAAGUACUUUGAAGGAAAAGAACUUUUUAAUAUUAUUUGUUCUCAACUAAGAGAACAGAGAAAGCCUCUAAUGAUUGCUUUUUGUUGCAAAAUAUUCUCCAAGCUGUAUGUGAAUUCCAAGGCAUGUAUAAACCAUUACAAAAAAAAUGCCCUCUUAUAAGUAAGACCAGGACAAACAGAAAAUUUCAUUAAUUUUUCUUUCUACGUGAUCCAAGAAGAAUGGUUAUGAAGAAAAUCAGUGCCCAAAGCAAAAAAGGAAUAUCAGAAGCAUUUGAUUAUUUAAGUAAUCCAUUCAAAUCGUCACGAUUAUUAGGGAAUCUAGUCUUCACCCUUGUAGAGGCUUGGAUGCAUUCUCUGCUGUCUCUUUGAUUAAAACAUGGUUGGGUGACAAGGAUAUUUUUUUCCCCGUUGAAUGUAUUUUUUACUCCCUAUUAAUGCAACCUUGAGCACUUGUGACAACUGAAUGGAGACAGCAUUCCCCUGGUCCAGUAGGUGACUCCCCAGGGAAAGACUAUCAGUUCUGACUGGUGGAGUUAAAAAAGGAGUUAUGGCUCCCCUCUCUAAACUGUUAGAUUUCUGUGUUUCUCUUUACAUUUAAACACCGAUUCAAAAGUGUGUUCUGUUUCUGAGGGCCUGAAAGUGUAAUAUAACUUUCCAAGAGAAGGUUAAAAUAAAGGGUUUUUUGGACUGCUAUCCACCUUGAAUUUGAACCUGAUGCCUUUUGCUGCCAGUAAUUCUUGGCAGAAAUAACACUCAAAACCAAUUCUAAGUGAAACCUACAGCGCUUUACGAGUUUCUUAU